CAAACUCCGCCCACUUUAACUUUAGAGUGGGAUCGGGAGAAAUGUAAUAAAUAGCUUUCGUUCUUAGCACGACAAACAGCUCUUUUCCAUGUUUCGUUUCGGUUUUGUUGGACCUCUGGUUUUCUCCGUCCGUUUUAACUGAACAGUGCAACAUCUGUUGAGAACUUUAUUUUGGAUAGAAAACGGUCGAAACGGGACAGACAGGUCUUGACAGAUAUCACUCGCAUAGGUUGACACAAUGUACAAAUGCUGGGGAGGUUUCGUCUUGUACUAUUUCGUUUCAUUCGUGGCUACACAGCCUGAAACAGGCAGAGCAGGCAACAGAUGGCACACAGACAGCAGAGUUGGGGACAGAUAUGCAGGGACAGACUGGCAGAGACAGGGAGUCUCAGAGCUCCCAUCACCAACAAAUGUGACUUUCUCUUGGACGAACGAGUUCUGCUGGGAGCUUUCAUGGAGUCUACCGGAGAAUGUUGAUAGUCAGAGAUGUAAAUACCAUAUCAAUAUGUCACAGAUAGGCCAGAAGAACAUAAUCAAGACGAAGAAGGAAACACGGUUAAAGGAUUGUUUUCCUCUGAUGGGAGUUGUGCGUUUCUCCAUACAAACUCAGUGUAACAACAGGACACGGAUGAGUCAAACUGUAGUUCACACCAUCCCUGCCCCCACAGAGUUGGUGAAGAACUUCAAAUGUUUUCUCUACUCUAAGGCCAUGAACUGCAGCUGGCUCCUAACCAAUCAGGUCCCAGAAGACCUCCAGCUUUACUACGGAUUCAAAAAUAUGAGUAAGGUAUCAGAAUGCAGUGAGUACCUGUACAACGACAAUCAGAGGACAGGAUGUCAUCUGAUAGGAGACUUCCGCAUACGGAUCUUCUUCCAGGUCAAUGGGACUCUCAACGGUUCAUCGGUACGGAAUACCUUCGAGGUGGAUCCUAAGGGCCAUGUGCAGCCCUUACCUCUUGAAUUGAAGAUCACAGAGGAAGGGAGCAAUCUCAAUAUUAGCUGGAUUUCACCAGACAUAAGAGAUCCACGCUGUUGGGAGUACAUCAUCAACUAUACCAGAUGUAAUACACCAGAGAGUAAGUCCUUGAAAGGCGAGACUUGGAUCAUGGUGAACUAUGACCCUCACUGUCAGUACCGUGUUCGCAUUAAACCCAUCUUUUUAAAAUGGUGUGGUAUGGGAGAGGGUGACUGGACUCGGGAGGAAAUAUAUGGUAAAGAUGGGAAUCGGGAUUGGCACCUGCAUGUUGCAGCCAUCUUCAUUUCAGUCAUGGCGGUUAUAGUUUCCAUCGUGGUUUGUUUUUGUAUAAGGAAACACAAGGACAAGAUCCUCCCCCAAGUUCCCAAGCCAACCAACCUCAUCAGUGAUAUGUUCAACAACAACAAUGACAUGAGCAUUAAUGAGCACCUCUACAUCCCAGCACAAGAGGAAGUAGACUGUAAGAUCACCCUAGUACAAGACCCUCUUCCUCAGCAGCCAGAGUCGUGAGAAACAACAUGAAUAUACAGUGAACCUGUGGACAAGCUGGUAGUGGCCCAGCAGACUGGGAGGAACUCAGUGUUUUAACCUUGUGUGGUGGUGGCUUUUUGACUUAACAUGGGAUACUUUGAGAAUUAACACCGGUAACCAGGAUCCCAGGACCACUCUUCACAUUUCCUGAAAAAAAGUUAAAUGACAAGACCCGGGAAACUACAACAUUUCCCACCAAUGUUGCACUAAUGCAAUUCCACAAAAUACACAUGCGCAGCAGCAAAUUAGCUAAAAAUAAAAUGGCACAUUAUCCAAACAGAUAAGCCUUUACCUUAGCUUAUUUACUUCACACAAAGUCUCCAUAAAUUCAAAGCACACACAUACUUGACACUGCCUGACUGCACACGAGAAACUAAUGCAGUUUAGAGUUAUCAUCAGAACUGAAAAUUCGAUCCCGGUCCGACCUGAGCCUGGUGAGAUGAAGUCGGAGCCCAGGCCUAGUCCGACAUCACAGAAAUAAAAUUAGCCCGACCGUGAAAAAAAGACAGAUUUCUGAAAAACAGUAGGCUAUGUUGAUUUAAACUGGUGUUGAGAACAACAUGGCGGAGGUGGCCAGCAGCGGCGUGAGGAGACAAGGAAAAAGACAUUGGGCCAGAAAAAGCACAGCGAGACGAAAACUCGCCUUAUUAUGAUCAUCUGAAUGAUGAAAAUAUUGUAAAAAUGUAUUCUAAUGCAAUUGAAGGCAUGUAUCAAAUUCAUGCUUAUACUGAAACUCCCAAAGUCAUAUCCAACCGUUAUACUAAUUUAAAGCAAUAGUUGUGUGUGGUCACGUAGAUUUAUAAUUUCAGCACCGUUUUGAUCGGGGCAGCGCCAUCAUGCUGCUUUGAGACAAGCUUGGGGGACUCGUCUAGACAAAUCAAUCAAUGUCACAUUUUUGUUUUCACUGAAUCUCCGUUUGGAUAUUUGGUAACCAUUAGGCUACGUUGUAGUGUGCUAAUGAUAAUCUUUUUUGCUUUUUUUUUGCUUUAUUUUGCUCUUCACUCGCGUAGUAGCUUGUCCUACUCCCAACCAAAAGCCUGUGACAUAUCUGAUAAUAAAUCAGUGUGAUUUUGUUUCAAUGAAUCUCUGUUUGUAUAUUUGGUUAAUUGCUCUCUGGCUGUACAAGUGGAAAUGGUAGCUCAUUUAUUAAUUUGCUCAUCUAUCACUGAUCAGAAACAUGUAGCAUGCAAUAAUGUAGCCUAAAUCAAGUGUAUUAUUUAUCUAUUGACUCACUAGCCUUUAUAUCAAGGCUAUUUUCCUAUCGCCCCAAUCCCACUGAAACCCAAAAUCCUUCAUUGUAAUCCAUAGGUUGGUUUAUCAGAGCACGUCUCGCCUAUGCAUGUCAAAAUACUGCGAGAACAUUUUCCCCGCCUCUCUGCGCUGUCUCGUAUUGCUGCCCUAAUGAGAGCUUCUAUAGAGAAUGUGUGGUCAACAAACGAUAUGAAUCGAUGUGAACAGUUGGUCCCUGUUAAGAUACUGUAGUGGAAAUGUUAGUGUCCUCUGUGUCUCUUGCAAAUGUGCGACUACAUGUAGCAUGUUGUUGCCUGGUUCUUGUGUUAGGAUGUUCUGGGAUUGCUCUCAGAGGACUGAUGGAAGAAGAACAGAAAGAAGGGAACACAUAGUUUCUAGGUGUUGGAUCAAAGUAACAAUGUGUGCGCGGUCGUUAUCAGCUUAUUGCACCCUGAGAGCUGAGACACCUAGUUUGUGCAUCAGUAUAAAGAGUGCUGAAGUGAGAGCAGCCCUUCAGACCUUCUGACAGACUUUGUUGUAACCUCUCCGGCCGAUAUCAAUAAAGAUUUGUUAAUUUCA